UCGGUCGGCCCCUUUUCCGGGUUCCAGACAGAACCGAUAAAACGAUGUCAGCGGCGGCGAGUAUGGCUCUGCCCGGGGGUCAGGAGUGCGGGUAAAGUUUUCCUUAGCUUCCUGGAAACUGUUAAAAGUGACCCUUGAAUGCUUCCUCUUUCUCAAAGAAGUCUUAUAACUAAACAGGCAGCCGGACUGCGCUGACACUGACAGCUGGGAAGUAAACAGAUCGAUGCUAACAAGCUAACUGCCGCUAGCUAGGCAGUUUAAACCGCCACUAGCCUAGCUAGAUGCUAACAAGCCAACUGCUAGCUCAGUAGUGUAAACCGCCACUAGCCGUUAGCUAAAGCUAACCAACUAACUGCUAGCUCCGCAGUGUAAACCGCCACUAGCCGAGCUGAAGCUAACGUUAGCUGGAUAACCUGUACGUGUUUUUUUAGCCGUUACAUCUCCAGGAAUUGCCAGCAUUUCUUUUUUUUCCCCCCAACUACACCGACAAAGGAUUUGGUACUUCCGUUAAUGUUUUUGGAGGACGAUAUUAUAUUCUACUUCGAGUCCCAGGGAUUUUCCGUGUGCCGUCCCACCUGAAAGUGUAAGGUCAUCGCUCCUCACCCCCCAGCCCACACAGACAGGUGCCAACAGAAGGACAGGAUGCCUGCUCCUCCCCCUCCCCCUCCCCCAGGACCCCCGCCUCCCCCAACCUUCAAUCAGGCGAACAUAAAUCCUCCCAAACUGAACUCGUCUGAAACUAAAGGCAGAGGAGCGCUGCUGUCGGACAUCCAUAAAGGCGCCAGACUAAAGAAGGUCACUGUGGUCAAUGACCGGAGCAGCCCCAUUAUAGAGAAAUCAGGAGGAGGCGGAGGCGGCGGCAGCGGUGGUGGAGGUGGUGGUGGAGGUGGAGGUGGUGGUGGUGGUGGUGGUGGUGGUUUUGGAGGCGGAGGGCCAAUGGGAAUGGGAGGCCUUUUCCAAGGAGGUGUGCCAAAACUACGCCCAGUUGGAGAUGGUUCAUCCGGAGGUUCUGUGGGCAGAUCCGCCCUGCGGCCCCCAGGGACCAGGCCCGCGGCUCCUCGUCCCCCAACAGGUCGCUCUUCAUCCCCCGUCCCUCGUCUCCCUACAGGACGCUCCUCCUCUCCCUCCCCUCGCCCCCCCACCGGCCGCUCCUCCUCCCCCUCUCUGGCCAACAAGCCCUCCCCACCUGAGCACCAGCGCUCCCACCGCCCCUCGCUCCCCGACAUCUCCCGCCCCUCCUCAGGUGGCGGGAUGAAGCACAGCACCUCCGCUCCGCCUCCCCCUCCACCCUUUAACAGAGGAGGCCGCAGCAACGCUCCGCCUAUGCCCAAUCAUAAAUCACAGGCUCCAACUUCCUCCUCCUCCAAUCACAGCCGAGAGAAGCCCCUCCCUCCGACGCCCAACAGAGGCCACACCCCACCCAGCUCAGUGAAGCCGCUUCCAUCUUCCAGCCGACCCCCGACAGGUGGCUCCUCAGCUCCCCCACCUCCCCCGCCCUACCGACCGAACACAUCGGGCGGCUUCUCCAACGGGCCGUCACACGUGGAUGGAAGUGGAGCUCCGGAGCUGCCGCAGAGGCACAACUCCCUGCACAAAAAACACACAUCAGGAGGCGGCAGCCAAGGACGGAGCCACGCUCCUGCUCCUCCUCCCCCUCCCUCACCCUCUCCAUCCUCCCAGCUGGGCAACAGACCUCCACCUCCCGCCAGAGAGCCACCGGGACGCAGAUCAGCUCCUCAGGUGCCUCCUAACGGGGCUCGUAACGGCAGUCGGGAUGCUCCUCCUCCACCGCCCCCUUACCGCGGUCACAGCUCUGUGGCCUCAGAGCCCCACAGUCGGGUGGGCAAACCUCCUCCUCCACCCUCCUCAUCUUCCUCCUCCCUGUCAUCCUCAUCCUCAAGAACCCCGGCUGGACCCCCUCCACCUCCCCCGCCCAUUAGGAACGGCCACUCCUCCAUACCCUCCUCCAAGUCCAUCAUGGAUGAUUUUGAAUCCAAGUUUAACUUCCACCCUAUUGAAGACCUUCCACCUCCAGAGGAGUACAGGCAUUUCAGCAAGGUCUACCCCAGUAAAUCCAACAAGGGCAUGAUGCGAGGAGCUCCUCCUGCGCCGCCGGUGGGGAGGUGAACUCAGCUCAGGACUUUAACUCUGUCAGCCAUGGUGGAGAGAGAGAGAGAGAGAGUGGUGAAGAAGCACUCACAACACACACUAACACUAAAACCACCAGCUGAAAGCACAACACUACGACUCCUCGCCGGUCUCCUCCUUCUGUCUUUGCACGAGAACAGAAAACCACUCGGAGCUCAGAGGCCUCCUCCUCUGCCGCCUGCACGUACAAACAUAUCAGGACCAAACUCCAAACACUUCCACCUCUGUGCAUUCCACCUUUUUCUUUAAUCAUGAUAAUAAUGGUGACUUUCAUAAUUCUGUAUGAUUUUAAUAUGUUGGGGUCAGCAUUAGUUUGUGGGGGGGGGGGUUAGAAAAUUCAACACUAAAAUGAGAAAGUUGUGAAUGAAUGUGUCCAGCAGAGGAAUUCCCCACAACAACUGAUAAUGCCAUGAGUGUGUGGGGCUUAUUACGGUUAUUUUUUGGUUAUAUUUUGUCUUUGAAUAGCCAUUCCUGCAGUGCCAAGUGAGGGUGCGUUUGAAUCUAUGUCAGUGUGCCAAAGCGGGUGGAGUUAAACGAUCUGCACAGGACGGUUUCCAUAAAUGUUUGAUUUAUAAUUGACUUUUUUAUUUUUAUUUCCUUGUUUUUGGACGAAAUGCAUUAAUAGGGCUGAACAAUUCUUUGAAAUUUGAUCAAAAUGGCCGGUUAGAAGUGUCAGGAAUACAGCUUUUAAAUGUAAUGUUCUAGAGCUGCAGAGAUGUCCUUAUCUACAUAUCAUAUUCUUCACACUUAAGGAAAAUCCCUGCAAAAAUACAACAUCAUCACUGUUAUAUUUUCCUAAAAAGGGAGGAUGAAUAUGUCAAAUAAUCUUCUAAUCAAAAUUGUUCAGCCCUGCUGGAAAGCUUUCAGAGUCAUGACAUUUUUUACACUUUGGGGAGGGACUGUUUUAUUUUUCCUUAUCUGGUACCCCCUACUUUCCUUUAUUUUUGGGGGUGUCUAUAUUUCUAUCUUCAGCCGAUGUUGCACGAACCGAGACACUGUGCAUGAAGCUUAUUUAUGCACGUAUGAUAACAGGAAACCCCUGAGAUCAGGAUUCACGUGGAUGUGACAAAAAUCCAGAUACACUACGAUUAUCCCUGGUGUGUUUGAGAAGCUGUAAAUCACUCAGCGGAGGCCAACACUAAAUUAUUUGUUUGUUUACUCGACCAAGUAUGUAUGAUUGGAGGUGUUUAUAAGGGAUCAGGUAUCUACUUCCUGUCCAGGGAAGUCUGUUGAAAAGCAUCGUUCUGAAUCCAUCUUUUUACUUUUGCUGCUGGUGGCCCUUUUGUUUUUUGGCCAGAGGAAGAUAUUUUGAUUAAUUGCUAUGCAAGGAGCAGUUCGUACAGAUGGUAGUUGGUAACCAAAAAGAAAGAAAGAAGCAACACUUAAGUGCCAGAGAGCUGUCGAAGCAGACGGAGGUUAUUUACUUCUCUUUAAUCUCGACUUUAAAAACAAUAACUACAUGAUUUUUGAACAAACCAAUUCUCAAUGCUGCAGCGCCCCCUGCUGGUCCUGCCUUACACCGGUCUGUUGUCACUCAUAGGUACCUGUGCUUUUUGUUUGUAUUUUAGAGGGGAGGAGAUGAUGACAACAAGGUAAAUAAGAACCAAGUUUAUUUGAAAAUGCAAUAAAUAUUGUAUAUUUACAUUAAGGAAUAUGGUAAUCAUAGUUAUUGAUUUAUUUUUAUGUUGUAAAAAGCUUGUAAUAUAGGAAAGAGAAAUGAUUAUAACAAGUCGGUGAGCUUUGGUCUGAUAAUAGCACUUCUCUCGAUGUUCGGCCAUGAGGGUGAAUGAGCUGAAUGGAUGUGUGUGACGAUUUUUGCCAACGAGCCAACAUUUUGGGGAUCCUGUUUCGUGUUAAUCCACCUGACGGGUCGUGUAGUGAAGAAGACAAAACAAUGUCACGACACUUCCUGUCCUGGAUGGACAGGAAGUGUCAUGCUCACGUCUCCUCACAUUGUCCACUCUGAAGAGCAAAAACCCUGUGGUCAUUUCAUGUUAAUCAACCAUGUUUUUAUCAUUUGAAAUAAUUUCAAAUAAAUAUGGGGAAAAGGGUAACUGA